GGAAUGAGUCAAGUUGUCGGUGCUGGCGACAUCGUUCGGCGAGGCCCCACAUCCUCGGGAGUGCUACUGAUGAGGCGGGGGGAUCGCGAUAAUCUUGAGUCCAAGGUUCUGCGACAGGCAGAGUGACUUCUCGGGCUGGGAUUCCGCUCGGGCCACGUGUGCGGAAUGUCCGACGGGGGUCCCCGCUCGACGGGGAGCAGCCCUGCUCGGGAUCCGACAGCUCGCGCACCUGCGUAGUUAAUCGGCGCCUGAGACGCCCUGCCCUGCUCCCGUCCUCACAUCCCUAUGCAGGCCUGCUUCCGCGUGCUGUUCCCUCCCAGCUGGCAUCGCUCGGACGUGUGCACUUCUUCUCGGCGAGGGCCCUCGAGGAGCAGGAUCCUCGGGUCAGCUCGCGAAGCGAUGCGCGCACGAAGUCGAGAAGUGCACGGGGAAUAUGGACGCCCGAGCGAUGGCGGGACAGGUACGAGAGGGACCAGGACCUCUACAGGAUCGACUGGACCGUGGACGCGCGCAAGAUCCACGGCAACGACAGGCAGGCGGUGUCUCCGCCCUUCCACCUGCCGCUCACCGGCGCCGCCGGCGGGCCGCCGACGCCCUUCCGGCUGAUGCUGCGGGCGCUGCCCUCGGGACGCUGCGGCGGCCGCGCCAGCUUCAAGGCGUCGGCGGGCAGGGCCGUCGUGCUGCUCAAGUGCGAGGGCGACCUGCCCGCGCGGGCCGCGGACGUGGCCUUCCGCAUCGCCGUCGGCGGCGGGCCGGCGUCACCCCCGCGGGGCCCGCGGGUCCACGACUUCGCGCGCUGCGCGGUGGGGGGGCUGCCGGCGGAUCAGGCGGAGUGGCAGCUCGGCGCCGCAGUGGACGCGUCCUCGCAGACGCUCGCCGUGCGCGUCGAGGCGGCGCCCCGGGCCCCGGGCGCCCCGGCGGCGUGGGGCGGCGGCCCCGAGGGCGAGGCGCGGUACCAGUGAGGGGGCUGCGGGGCGCGUGCCCCGCAGGGCGUCGGCGUCGUCGUCGUCGUCGUCGUCGUCGUCGUCGUCGUCGUCGUCGUCGGCCUCCGCCUUCUCCCCCUGCCCCUCCUCCUGCUCCUGCCCCUCCCUCCUCGCUGCCUUUCCGUCUUCCCUCCGCCGGCUCCUUCCCCUCCUCCCCUUCUUCGCCUCGCUCCCUCCCUCCCUCCCCUCUUUCUUUUCCGUCUUCGUCCCUCC